AUGAUAUGGUGGUUUUUAAUAUCAGUAAACUUUUUGUUCUUUCUUAUAAAAAGCUUUUUUACACCAAAAGCAACGAUAUAUAGGAAUGAUCUCAACACGAAUUUUACAAAUUCAUCAACAGAGAAGUACAUUUUGGGGGAGAACUACAACCUGACGAGCCUAAAAUUAAAAAUUGAUUUUGGGUCACUUGACACAGGUACUAAGAUUAUAGAAUAUAGCAAAGGCAUAAUUAACAUUAGAUCUAUUCAACAAUAUGAUUAUGAUAGCUAUAUGUUAACACCAUGUAAUUCUGAUAUAUGGUGGAUAUAUUCAUUUAGUGAUAUUAUACAUAUAGAAAAGAUAGGUUUAGUAUCUUUAGAACAUUAUGCAUCAAAUUUUAAGGUAAUAGAAAUAUUAGGUAGUGAUGUAUAUCCAGCUACUAAAUGGAAAAAAUUAGGAAAGAUAUCAACAAAUUUUACUAAAAGUUUUGAAUUAUUUAAUAUAUAUGAAUAUUGUAAAAAUUAUGAUGAAGAUAAUUGUUGGGUGAAAUAUUUAAAGUUUCAUGUAUUAUCUCAUCAUAAUUUAGAAAAUAAUUAUUAUUGUACUUUGACACAUCUUCAAAUAUUUGCAUCUUCUGGAGUUGAUAUGUUAAGUGAUAAAAUAUAUUCAGAUGAAAAUAUUAAUAAAAUUGAAAAAGAUCUACAAGAUAAUUAUAUGGAUCAAAAUAAUGAAGAAUUAUAUGAUCAAGAAAUUAUUGAAAAUUUGGAAGAAUUGUAUGAAAGUAAUGAAUCAGUUGAUGAUACAUUAUCAAGCACAACUAAAGGAAAGAAGACAACAAAAAAAAAAAAUAAUACAAAUGAUGGUAAUAGUAAUGAUAAUGAUAACAUUCAUUUGAAUGAUAUAUAUUAUGAUAAUAUCAAAACAAAUGAUGAGAAAAAAAAGAAGAAAAAAAAAAGUACAAGGACACCAGCCAAGUCUAUAGAUACCAAAUUAAUAGAUAAAGAUCUCAUAAAUACAAAACAAAUAGAAAAAGAAUUAUUAAAUACCAAAUUAAUAGAAAAUGAAUUUAUGCAUACCAAUUUAUUUGAUACUGAUAUGAUUGAAAAAGAAUUAAUGGAUACCGAAUUAAUAGAAAAUGAAUUAAUGAAUUAUGAAUUAUUUGAUAAAGAUAUUUUAAAAGAAAAUUAUUUUAAUGAUGAACAACAAAAGAUAGAUGACACUAAUCCAAUUCAACAAAAUGAUAUGUAUGUCAUACAAAAAAAUAAUAAAGAUAGCAUGAAAGAAGAUUAUCAUAUAAAAAAAAAAAAAAAAAUAAUUCAAACAACUAAUACAAAAGAAUUAAAUAAAUGUUCAUCUUAUAAAAAUAUAAAAAAAGAACAUGAUCAUAUGGAUGAUGAACAUAAUAAAAAAAAUAUAUAUAUAAAUAUAAAAAAUAAUCAAAAUGCACAAAAAAAGAAAAGUCAUAUAUUUCAUAAAAAUGUUUAUUACAAUAUAUUGAUUGUAUUAUAUUAUUUAUUUAAUCAACAUAUUAAAAAUGAAUUAUAUCAUUUUAAUAUGUUAAAAAAUAAAAUCCAUUCAUCACAGUUUAUGAACAAAUUUUAUAUAUCGACUAGAUAUAAAUAUAUAAAUAAAAAGUAUAUCAAUUUUAUAAAUUUCAUUAAAGUAUUAAAAGAAAAUCAUGAAAACAAAUCAUAUGAAUAUUAUGAUAAUGAGAUAUAUCAGAAAUUAUAUAUAAAACAGGAAGAACAGAAAAAAUAUAUAUAUAAUUUAAUAAUGAAUAUUAAAAAUAAGUAUGGGGCUCUAAUUAAAUUAUUACCAUUUUCAAGUAUACACUUUUUAUUAAAAAGGAAAAAAUGGAUACCUCUUUUAUAUACAAUAUAUAAAAAGGAAGGAUUUGUAAAAAGUCCAUAUUUUAGCAUCAUAAAAAAAGGAAGAAAGAAAUAUAUUAAUAUUAAUGAUGAUUAUAUAUCAUUACAUACAUUUAAUAAAAAUCAUAUAAUAAUAGUUCAACAUAUGAUAUAUUCUUUGUUCUUUUCAAAUAUAUUAUGUAAUGGUGAUUUAGUUUGUUUAGUUGAUAAUAAAAAAUUAUUGUCUAAAAUAUGUAUAUCUCGUUCAAAUAUAAAAAAUAUAUUUACAAAAAAAUAUAUAUUUGAUAAUCAUUAUUUUAACGACGAAAGUAUGAAUAAAUUAAAAAACAUUUACUUGUCACCUCAUUUUUAUUUCUUUAGAAAUAUAUUUAUAUCUCACAAGUUUAAAAAUAAAAUAUAUUUAAAAUUCUCAUAUUGUUCAUAUUAUGAUAACAAGAGUGUAUUGAAAUAUAUACAUAUACAUAAAAAUAAUAUGAAUGAUAUUUUAUAUAUAAAUGAGGAUAUAAUCAGAACGAAAUUUUUACCAUAUUAUGUAUAUAAUAAUUAUGAAGAUAUAAAAGAAAGAAUAAAUAUGAGUGAAACAAUAAAGAAGAAAAACAAAAUUUAUAGAAGAAAACCUUAUGAAAAUUAUAUGAUUUUAUAUGUCAUAUAUAAAUUAAAACCACAUAAUAUUUACCAUUUUGAAUUUAUAAAAUAUUGUACCAAUUUAAUUAACAAUUGGUCAAAAGAAAAUAAUAACAAUAAUAAUAAUAAUAAUAAACAUAUUACACUUUUAUAUACAUUAGAAAGAAAAUAUUUAAGUACUUUUUAUAACAAAAUGAAAUGUGUUGAUAUAUAUAAAAGUUAUAAAAUUUUGAAGAAGAAAAGAGUUUUUGUAGGUGCUCAUCAUCAUAUUUUUAAUAACGAAUAUGAUAAUAAUGAUAAUAAUAGUUCUUCUAAUACAUGUCGAAGAGAUAAAUUAAUAAAUGAUAUAUAUAAAUAUUUACAAAAGAGACAGAAAUUAAAUUAUAUACCUAUAUUACAUAAUAAUAUAAAAAAUAAUGAACUUCAAAAAGUAGAAGAACAAAAAAUAAAAAUGAAACAAAAUAUAUUUAAUAGCAUUAUAUUAUUUUUUCAUAAAUUCGUAUAUAGAAAGUUACCAUAUAUUUAUUUCUUAAAUUUUUGGAUUUAUAACAAAAAUGAUAUGAUAUUUCAAAUGAAUGAUUGUUUAGAUAUUUUAUUGAAUUACCUUUUUAAUAAUAUAAAUAGUAUAAUAAAAAAAAAAAAAAAAAAAAAUUAUAUAAAUAUAUUUUUGCAAAAAAUGUUAACAAGUUAUAUUAAACAAAAUUGUUUUUUGAAGAAGAAUUUUAGUUCUCUCUUUUUAAAAAAAAUAAAUAAAAACAAUAAUACAUAUAAUAAUAAUAAUAAUAAUAUUAAUAAAGGAUAUAUUAAGAUUAAUAAAAAUUACAUCAUUUUGUAUCUACAUUAUCGUAUGGAAAAAACAAAACUGUCUUCAUUCGAUAAGUAUUUAGAAAAUAUUCAAAUGUCUUAUUAUAUAAAAAAUCGAAAUAAUAAAACUUAUAUAUCCUUAUCUGAUAUAUAUUUCUUUUCAAAAAAUAAGGAAUAUUAUUUAACUAAUUAUAUAACAUGGUUUUUAACAAACAUGAUACUUAUGGAAUUGAAAAAAAAUGAAAUGAAUUGGAAGAUUGAUAUUAAUAAAAAGGAUAUAUAUGAAAAUGAAAAUUAUUUUUAUGAUAAUGAGUAUAUUGAAGGAAAAGAAAAAAUAAAUUCUUAUAGAAAAUUUAAUAUUAUACCAAAUUAUUUAUAUAAUAAUGAUAGUUAUAAUGAUGAGUAUUUUUAUUAUGACGACAAUGAUGAUAUUGACAAUAAUAAUAAUAAUAACAAUAAUAAUAAUAAUAAUAACAAUAAUGAUAAUAAUAGUAAUGUUGUUUAUGGUGAGCAUUAUCAGUAUGAUGAAAAUAAUAAGAAGUCAUAUUUGAAUUAUUAUCUUACGAAUAGAAUAAUUAUUAACCCCAAAAAAAACUUCUUAGAAAAUGUAUGUUUAACUAUAGGAGAUAUGGAAAAUAUUAUAUAUUCGAAUUAUUAUAUUGAUAAGUAUGAAAAGAAAGAUUCAAAAUAUGAGAAAUGUAUGAAAAAGAAAAUUAAAGAAAAUAUAAUAUAUGAUGAAGAUAAGGAUAGUAAUGACAGUAGUAGUAUAAAAAUUUUGAAUGAAAUUAAAAAAAAUGAAGAAUCAAAUAAUAAACUUAUCCAUGAUGUAUAUGAUAUUAUUAGUGAAUAUGAUGAUAAUGUUUCUGAUAAUUAUACAAAUGAUGAUGAUAAUGAUAAUAAUACAUAUAAAAGAAAUAAAGGAAAUAGUAAAAACAUUUCUUUAAUAACAGAAAAAAAUAAUGAAAGAAAUGAAAAUGUCAAAUUUAAUAAAAAGAGAAAAGAACAAAUAAAAAAAAAUAAAAAAAAAAUUAAUUUUAUAGAAGAAUAUGAUAAUAAAAUUAUUGAUGAAAAUUUAAAUUUUCUAAAUGAAGAAAAUUGUAUAAGAGAAGAAAAAAUAGAAGAAAAAUCAAAAAAUUCUAGAGGACAUGCAUUAUUAACAUUAGUUGAUAAAAUAAAAACUAUAGAAACUAAAAAUAAUUAUCUUUUAACUAAAUUAAGAGAUAUUAUAAAAAUAACAAAUAAUAAAACAAAAAUUAUAUAUCAUAUGUUAUCAAAUUUUAAAAUUUUACAAAAUACUAUAAGUUUAUUAUUAAAAUAUAUUAUGAUUAAUGAAAAACAUAUGAAAGAUUUAAAUAUGAAUAAAAAAAAUUCAGAUACCUUUUAUAAAAUAUUAAAAGAAAUAUGUGUAGAACAAAUUAAUGAUAAAAGUAAAAAUAUGGAUUCAUUAAAAUAUCUAUGUAAAUAUUUACAAAAUUUCUUAUAUGAUGAAUUUGAAAGAAAAUAUCUAUUUGAAAAAAUAAGAACUGGAAAUUAUCCUAUGUGUGAUGAUGAUCAAAAUAUUUUAUUGCAUAACAAAAAUGGAUAUCGUCAAAAAAAUACAGACUUUAUUAUAAAAGAAAAAAAAAAAAGUUUAUUCAAUUUUUUAUAUUAUGAAAAUCAUUGUCAUAAUGAUAUAUUUAAAACACCACUCAUAUAUUAUAAUUCACAAGUUGAUCGUCUUCAAACAGUUUAUUUGAACAUAUUCGAUUUUUUAGUAAAUUUAAAAUUUGUACAAUUAUUCAUAUACAAAUUUAAAUAUUGGAAAAAUAUAUUUAAAAGGUAUAUAAUAAAUGGUUUCUCAUAUAAUAUAAAUCCCAAUACAUUUAUGAAUUACACCGCAAAGGAUAAUCAUAUAAAUAAUAAUAAUAUCAACAAUACAAAUAAUAACAUCAACCAUAUGAAUAAUAUAAAUAAUAACAAUAAUAAUGCUAAUUAUUAUAGAAAUUGGUACCAAAUUUUUACUAACAAUUUUUAUGUAAUAUUUUUUUAUAUUCUUUUUAUCAUUUUUAUAGUUAAUAAUUUUUUAUGUUUCAUGUUCUAUAAGCAUUUAUCAAACAAAUUAAAUGCAUACCUAAAAACGUGUACAUGUCACAAUAAAUGA